AUGGCAGAGGCUACAUUGACCCGCGAAGCAGUCGCCUCGCACAACGCCCCAGACGACCUGUGGUGCAUAAUCGACCACAAAGUAUACGAUCUGACCGAUUUCGUCGACGCGCACCCUGGCGGCUCAGUCGUUCUCGAGCAAGUCGCCGGCACAGACGCCACAACGGCCUUCUACAACCUCCACCGACAAGAAGUUCUCUCAAAGUACUCGGACCUAUGCAUCGGCACAAUCGAAGGCGAGAAGUCUGAAGUCAUCGAGCCCCAGGCGGGCGACCUAUCUCCUGUACCGUAUGCCGAACCGCUCUGGCUGCGCCCGCAGUUCAAGUCUCCGUAUUUCAAGGAGAGCCAUCAUAAGCUGAGGAGGAAGGUGCGCGAGUUCGUAGACAAGUACGUCACGCCUGAGGCGCAAGAGAAGGAGAAGGAUGGAAGCUACAUCAGUCAGGAGCUGAUUGACCGGAUGGCGGAGAACGACAUGCUAGCCAUGCGUCUCGGGCCCGGGAAGCAUCUACGCGGGAAGAAGCUGCUGGGCGUGGUCAAGGGCGAAGAGUUCGACUAUCUUCACGAUCUUGUGCAGGCGCAGGAGUUCGUCAGGGCGAACGCGAGGGGCUUCCAGGACGGCAACAUGGCGGGUAUGAUGAUCAGUCUAACAGCCGUGCUGCAGUGGAUGCCCGACACGCCAUUCAAGCAAAAGAUUGUGACCGAGGUACUGGCCGGGAAGAAGAAGAUCUGUCUGGCGAUUACGGAGGCAUUUGCGGGGAGUGAUGUCGCCGGCUUACGUACGACGGCUACGAAGAGUAAAGAUGGGAAGAGCUACGUGGUCAGGGGUACGAAGAAGUGGAUCACAAACGGCAUGUGGUGCGAUUACUUCGUCGUGGGGUGCAGGACUGAGAAGGGCUUCUCGGUGAUGCUCGUCGAAAGGAGCGAUGCUGUGGAGACCAAGUUGAUCAAGACGAGUUACUCGACUGCGGCAGGGACGGCGUUCGUCGAAUUCAACGAUGCGAUUGUGCCGGCGGAGCAUCUGCUGGGUGAGGAGGACAAGGGAUUCGUCGUCAUCAUGAGCAACUUCAACCACGAGCGCUUCAUGAUGGCCUGCGCCGUGAUCCGGCAAUCCCGCAGCGUCGUCGAAGAAUGCCUUAAAUGGUGCAACCAGCGCAUCGUCUUCGGCAAGAGACUGGUGGAACAAGCCGCCAUCCGGCAAAAACUCGCCAAAAUGAUCUCGCACGUCGAAUCUAACCAGUCGUGGCUGGAGUCCAUCGCCUACCAGAUGUCGCACAUGAGCUAUGCGCAGCAGUCGAAGCACCUGGGUGGGCCGAUUGGGUUGUUGAAGAGCCAUGCUACGAGAUCGGCGCACGAGAUUGCGGACGAGGCUGUGAACAUCUUUGGAGGGAGGGGGCUCACGCAAAGUGGUAUGGGAAGGGUGGUGGAGAUGUUUCAUCGGACGUAUAAGUUCGAUGCGAUUCUGGGUGGGACGGAGGAGAUAUUGGCGGAUUUGGGUGUCAGGCAAGCUAUGCGGCAUUUUCCCAAGGCGAUGUUGUAG